CGGUGAGCGCUGGCAGUUCCGCGGUGGGGAUGCUGAGGAGCGCCGGCUUCGCGAGCAGCGCUGGCCACUGCGGACUUCCGAGGCACUCAGGGCCGUGAAAACCCCCGCGCCGCGGCCAACCCCAGGCUUCCGAGGCCGGCCGCAGUUCCCCAAGCCGCGCUGGAAGGAGUGUCCAGCGUGGUAGCGCCGGUUCUCGGCAUCCCGAGAGACACGCCGGGGUUCUCGAGCUUCCCCGGCGACCCCUAACCCCGGCCUCCUGCGAGCGCCCGCCCCAGACCCCCUCGGGUGCCCCGGGCGCGGACGAGCCGCGGCUGGGUCCUGACGCACACCAUGAUCGUUGCGGACUCCGAGUGCCGUGCCGAGAUCAAGGGCUACCUGCCGUUCGCCAGGGGCGGCGUCGCGGGCCCCGGGACCCGAGAGGAACACCAGGAGGGCCGGGCUCGGCGAGGCCCUCGAGGACCCAGCGCCUUCAUUCCAGUGGAGGAGAUUCUUCAGGAAGGAGCUGAGAGCCUGGAGCAGCACCUGGGACUUGAGACUCUGAUGUCUUCAGGACGGGUGGACAACCUGGCAGUGGUGAUGGGUCUCCACCCUGACUACCUUAGCAGCUUCUGGCGCCUGCACUAUCUGCUGCUGCAUACAGAUGGGCCCCUGGCCAGCUCCUGGCGCCACUACAUUGCCAUCAUGGCUGCUGCCCGCCACCAGUGUUCUUACCUGGUGGGCUCCCACAUGACUGAGUUCCUGCAGACUGGCGGUGACCCCGAGUGGCUGCUGGGCCUCCACCGGGCCCCUGAAAAGCUCCGCAAACUCAGCGAGAUCAACAAGCUGCUGGCGCAUCGGCCGUGGCUCAUCACGAAGGAGCACAUCCAGGCUUUACUGAAGACUGGCGAGCACAGCUGGUCCCUAGCUGAGCUCAUCCAGGCUCUGGUCCUGCUAACCCACUGCCACUCUCUGGCCUCUUUCGUGUUUGGCUGUGGAAUACUUCCUGAAGGAGAUGCAGAGGGCAGCCCUGCCUCACAGGCACCCUCGCCCCCCAGCGAGCAAGGCAGUCCCCCAAGUGGGGACCCAUUGAACAACUCUGGGGGCUUUGAAGCGGCCCGCGAUGUGGAGGCUCUGAUGGAACGCAUGAGGCAGCUGCAGGAGAGUCUGCUGCGGGAUGAGGGGGCUUCCCAGGAGGAAAUGGAGAACCGUUUUGAGCUGGAGAAAUCAGAAAGUCUGCUGGUAACCCCCUCAGCGGAUAUCCUGGAGCCCUCUCCGCACCCAGACAUUCUGUGCUUUGUGGAAGACCCCACUUUUGGAUACGAAGACUUCACUCGUCGAGGGGCUCAGGCCCCCCCUACCUUCCGAGCCCAGGAUUAUACCUGGGAAGACCAUGGCUACUCACUGAUCCAGCGGCUCUACCCUGAGGGAGGACAGCUGCUGGAUGAGAAGUUUCAGGUAGCCUACAGCCUCACCUAUAAUACCAUUGCCAUGCACAGCGAUGUGGACACCUCCAUGCUCCGCAGGGCCAUCUGGAACUACAUCCACUGUGUCUUUGGCAUCAGAUAUGAUGACUAUGAUUAUGGGGAGGUAAACCAGCUCCUGGAAAGAAACCUCAAAAUUUAUAUCAAGACCGUGGCCUGCUACCCAGAGAAGACAACCCGCAGGAUGUACAACCUCUUCUGGAGGCACUUCCGCCACUCAGAGAAGGUUCACGUGAACUUGCUGCUCCUCGAGGCCCGAAUGCAAGCAGCCCUGCUCUAUGCCCUCCGGGCCAUCACCCGCUAUAUGACCUGACUCCUCCCCGUGCGGGACCAGCACCCGGAGCGGCUGACCCUGGGGCACUGUCCUCUCUGCAAGGACUUCUGUGUCUGGAGACAGAUCCAGGACCCUUUCUGUCUCAUGUCCCUCCACCAAAUGCUGGGGAUGGGCAUGUGCGUGCUGUGCAGCCCCCUAGGCAAGCCACACCUUCCUUUUCUCACUGGACUGGACAGGAUUGUUGCACUGACUUUGGGGGUCUCAGCUCUGCCCCUGGAGCUAGAAGACUAGGAAAGCCCAAGAGGCCAUGCCCCUUUUUCUUUCCUGCUCCUAAAAACAGAUGAAGAUGACUGGGUUAAAAGCUCAGACUUAUGUGCCAGCAGGCAGGGCCCCAGGCACCACAAGUGCUAGGGCCUUCCUGGACUGGGAAGCCCCUGCUG